AAAAAUCAGUGUCCUGAGAGCUGAGAGCUAGUAUCUCUGCUGUCCACGCUGGACAGCUCUAGUUUCCUGGAGGAAAGGAAGCUGGAUGUGCGCAGCAGCUCUCCUCAGCUUCCACCGGAGGAAAUUACUUGGCGACGGCUGAUCUGAAGGAGGUGGUGCGACCUGAAAUGACUGUUUGAUCGUCCCCCUGCCGCGCCUCCAGCACGGAGCCCGGGGAGAUUUCAUUGCAGGAGCGGAUGAAAGCAACAGUCCAAGAGACUCGCUGGAGCAAAGGUGAACGGAUGGAAUAAACAAGCUGGAAAUUGUCGGUGAAGUAAAGUCAUCCAGGGGAGCACAGUCUGGCUGCUUCAUCAGGAUUGCGACUGCCUUACGUAACUGAGCUUUGUGGAGGGACUGGCAGGGAAACUGCUGGUGCCGAGUUGUUUAAUCACAGCGAGGAAACGCAGGUGAAGAGAGAGGAGUACAGUCACAAGUUUUUCUAUCCACUCAGCAUGAUCGGUGAAGACGCCGUCUCCCAUCACCAGUGAGCACAUCAGCAUGAAUGAGGGCCGCAGGCAAGGCGGAGGGACCAUCACUGUGGAGGCUGAUGUCAUCCUCCACGCUGUGAACCCUGACCUUGUCACUCCUCCCGACAAAGACGGGAAUUUAUGUCCAGGUUAUGUUAAGGGAUUCCUGCAGGAUGACAAGGAUUUCAGCCCUCCUCCAGUGUUUGAGAAGGAAUACCUGUUGGAUGGAAGACUGAUGGAGAAUAAUCAUAUCGAUCAUCAGAAAGGUAACGGCUCGUACAUCUCAAGAGCUGAUCAGUUCCACCUCUCCAAUGAUAAGGGAGCGCUAGAUCUCCCUCUUCAUACUGACUCCACUGUGUCCAAUCACAUCGCUGGCAUGCAACAAAAUUGUACAAGCAGUGAAAUCCACAAUGGCGCCAGAGCUAAAGUGUCUUACGGUGCAGAUUCCUCUGUAUGCUUGUCUAGCCAAGCCAAACAGGAAACUGAUCGGUCAAUCUUAAAAUCGAACCUCAGCCAGGAAGCUGAAAACCCACAGGCUAAAAAAGAGCCUGAUUUAGUCAUCGAAGUGGGCGGGCAGACGAUCAGCGCUCACAAGUCUGUCCUGGCAGAGAAGAGCGACUACUUCAAAGCACGGCUGUCACGGGAUAUCCUGAAAGUGAAGGGAGUGAGCUACAAGACUUUGUCUACACUGAUAGACUAUGUUUACACUUCCCAGAUGAAUGUUGGCAAGGACAACGUUGUGGACGUCAUCACGGGCGCUAAAAUCCUUCAGAUCCCCUGUGCCGUCCAGGCGGCCAUGGACUCCAUGUCUGAACAAAUCCGUGCAGAGAACUGCUACGAGAUUCUGACCAUCGCCAAAAAGCAGCGACUGAGCGAACUGAAGGAGACGGCCUACGGCUUCAUGAGUGACAAUUUCCUCCAGAUCCUCAAAGACCCCGCCGUGUAUGGCCGUCUGACUGGGUCUGAGAGGGAUCUGAUCCUGAAGAAGAGAAUGGAGGGGAGGAAGACUCUGAUGGUCGCGGAGAUAAAUGAUGUGUUCGAUCGAGUUGGGAGCCGGCCGCCGAGCCGCUGUGGCAGCCGACCGCAGAGCCCCUUGUCGGUGGGGUCUUUAGAAGAGAACCAUAUGAUUUACCACUUUAACGAAACAGCAAAUGACUGGAGACCUCUGACUGCGAUGCCUGAGGACAUAAACACUAAAGGGUGCGGGAUCUGCACCAUGUAUAAUUACCUGUUUGUGGCAGGGGGAAUAAAGGGCUACGGGGACAAGGGCAAGGUUUCCGACAAAGUCUUCUGUUACAACCCCAUAACCAACCGCUGGGCUGAGGUCAGACCUCUGAACCAGGCUCGUGCCCAGCUAAAGCUUGUGUCUAUGGAUGGCUACUUGUACGCCAUUGGAGGGGAGUGUUUGUUUACAGUGGAAAAAUAUGACCCUCGCAUGGACCGCUGGACCACGGUGGCCCCCUUGCCCAAGGGAGCCUUCGCGGUGGCCCACGAAGCCACCACCUGCAGUGGAGAACUUUAUGUUUCAGGCGGCUCCCUCUUCUACCGCCUUCUUAAGUACGACCCCAAGAGGGACGAGUGGCAGGAGUGCCCCUACAACAACAGCAGGAAGAAGUCCACCGACAUGGUGGCUUUCAAAAGCUUCAUCUACCGCUUUGACGUCAACCGUGAGCAGGGCAUUAACGUUUUCAAAUACAACACCAUAGUGAAAAUGUGGCAUGAUUGCGCUUCACAGAGGCUUGGAAGUCAUUUACCCUUCAGGUGUGCUGUUAUCGGGAACUGCAUCUACUGUGUGAACAAAGCCCAGACUCUCCAGUUUGUAGUGGAGGAGGAGAACGCCUACUUUGUUGAAGAGACGCUCAGGGCGCCUCUGGAGGCCAAAGGCGUUCUUUUCCCUUUUGUUCUCACUUUGCCUGAAAAGCCCGAGAAAGUUACAUAGUGUGUGUGUGCACGUGUGUGUGUGUGUGUGUGUGUGAGAGAGAGAUCCAGAAUAACACACUCCAUGGGUCAUAGCAAAACUGGAAUAAGCAGACCUUAUAUACACUCUUCAAUGUCAGCUUUCUAUCUCAGUGUCUCAUUGCCUGCUUGCAAUGGAAUGUGUGUAUUUGCAUGGCAAUUUAAUGCGUCUACAGGGUUAAGCCUUAAAAAUAAAACUUUUUCUUUAGUGUUGAAUGAAUGCAACCAUACUUGUAACUGACUAUAGAUGAUGACAUGAUGAAAGUGACUGUGGAUCAUUUUGUGUAUUUCCUGUGUUCAGUUUCGUUUGGUGCAAUUUUGUAGUUAGAAUAGAAAUUAUUUAGAACAUAUUAACUAGUUUACUGGUGACUUUGGUAACAAAAACAAGUGUUUUGUUGAAAAUUGUACAAAAAAACCCGUAUGGAAGCAGUUAUAGUGCGCUUUAUGAACGAUGCAACACAGGUUCUAUGCAAAUGAAACAGAAUAUACAGGUGGGUCUGCUGUAAUGCUGUGCUAUUUAGUAGAAACAAUGAAAUGAGUAGGAGUACAAUAUUUCUCAAACCCUGACCUACAUCGCCUUUGAUUAAUCCUGUGAAAUAUUGUCACAUUAUGAUCAGUAAAAAAAAAAAAAGAAACUACUGUAUCCGUCUUUUAAGC